UUGUUGCCAAGCGUAACCAGCAACUGUGUCAGUAAAAGGUGUUCUGCUUAAUAUGGCUCCUAACCUGUGCUACUAACUUGUCUCAGCCGUAGAUUAUUGAAAAAACAUUUGGACCAACAUCUGUAGAGAAAUGAUGGCGAGAAUAGGCGGAUUGGCGAAAUUGGAUGUUGCUGUUUUAAGCCCUGAGCAGCAGGAGAAACUGCGACAGUUCAAGAUCAAAACGAGAAUCGACAACGAGAAGUAUUUGAGGUCGCAUCCAGAAGUGGAGCUACUGAUAGGUGACUUUCUAAGGGAUGUGCUUCUUAAAAGGCCUGCAGAUAUCUGUGAAUUUGCUUCAGAUCAUUUCACCAACCCAAACCUUCAUGAAACUAUUGGCUCCAAAAUGGAAGAGAACAGUGUCACUGAGUGAAACACACCCAACAGUCAUAGCUUUGCAAGUUUUCUUUGUGUCUUUCUCUGUACACAGAAACAACUAAGAUGCUAAUAAGUUUUUGUCUGUCAGCUUCAUUAUCAGAUCGCUAUCGCAGGAAGCCGGCUAACUGGGAAGAUGGUAACGGCCAUUCCUAAUGAGUGUAAUUAAAGGUUAAUGAGAACAGGAUGUCCUGUGGGUAUUACACACUGUUUGUCACAUCACCCACAUGAUUAUGUUGGGACAUAUUGAAGAGUUAAUUGUGGCCCAUGUAAUGAAACCAGGAUCACAUAUUGCAAUCUGCAUUCAUCUGAAUGGCUGUGUCCCCUUAACUAUAUGGAUUACUUAAAACAUAUCUUAUGAAGGGCCAGAGAGUUUGACACCAGUUCAGAUUUAAUAUUUACACCAUUCAUUUAUUUAAUGAUAAAAACUAUUUUUUUUUAAAUCUUUCUUUUUUUAAUUCAUGGUCCAGUGAUAUCUCUUAAUUCUUUCCAUUGAGGUGAUAUUUUUUCUGCUUUUUUUAUUUACUGUACAUAUCUUUUUUUUGGUUGCAUUGAAAUAUUUGAUAUGCAUCUGUAUAGAAAAUGAAAUUAUACAUUGCAAAAGCAAAGGAUUAAAGUAAUUAAUGAAACAUAUGUUUUUAGAGUCACAGUCACGUAUUACAAGAAGUGAAUUUUUCACUAUUGAUAACCUUGUUUCUUUUGGAGAAAAUUGACUUUGUGUUUCUAGAGAGAAGUGAUCUCCUCAGUGUCUUUGUCAAAUGUAUCAUCUGUCAUCCAUUACAAUAACUGCAUGUUAACUUGGGCAGUGGUCAAGCUUUCUCCAUGGUGAGUAGAGCUUUUACUUUGUAGUUAUCCUGCUUUGUUUGUUGUUUUGUUUUGGCUAUGUAAUUGUGUCUGGACAAUGCAGCGCUGCAUUGGGUUGUGGUGUUUGGGUUUUAUCAGCCUAUUCAUCUUUUCCAUCCACCCAUGUUUGCUUGGAGCAUGGUGUACUGCAAUGGACAGCACAAAGGAAUCCUGUGCUCUACAAAAAAAAAAUGUUUGUUUGUCAUAAUACUACUGAUAAAAUGUUUUAUGGACUGAUGAAACUAAGGUUGAAUUGUUUGGGAAGAACAUGGAUCACGAUUUGGGGUUUUGCUGCCUCCGGGCCUGGACAGGUCAACAUUAUCAAAGAAAAUUAAUUCCUAAAUUCAUCAAGGUAUUUUACAGGAUAAUGUCAGGGUGUCUGUCCACCUGUUGAAGCUGCAGGAGGAGUUGGGUGAUGCAGCAGGACAAUGACCCUAAUCAUGUAAUCAAGUAAAUCUACUACAGAAUGACUUCAAACAAAGAAAAUCCACCUGUGGAGUGGCCCAGUCACAGCCCAGGCCCUGGGGCCAGUUGCACAAAACACCUUAAGUUAAGAUUAAAGUCUGAGUUAAGGUUUCCUUAAAAUAAAAACAGUUGUCCAAAACACUGUGAGUCUUCUCCUUAAGGUUUCCGUGAAGUUCCUGUCAAAACAACAGGAGGCUGAGUUUGCGUGCCAGCUUCUUUGAUAACAGCUACAAGCUAAUGCCAGCUAACAUAUGGUCUCCAUGGAAACAGUAGAAUUUUAGCGCUGUAAAAUCUCUUUCACCUUUGUACCCUUUCUCCUUAACUAAGGAAGCCUUUUAGGAGAUUCUGCGCAACACCCUUAAGUAAGUCCCUCAGCUAAGGAGAAUUUAAACCUUAAGUGUCAUACUUCAGCAGAAAUCUUAAGGUGUUCUGUGCAACUGGCCCCUGAUCAGUCGCUACUGGAGCUUGUUUGAGGUUAGUGGUGCCAAAGGAGAUGUGACCACUUGAUGAUUUACUUACAUUUUCCAUCAACAGUGUGAAUGUUUAUUGGGUGUGUUCAAUAGGGUGUGUUCAAAGACACAAAAGAUUAUAAUUGUUUAUGUGAUAUAAGUUUAGAGACACUGUUUGUUGACUCAGAUCACAUUUUAUGACCAAUCAAUGCAGAAAACCAGGUCAUUUUAAAGGGGACCACAUACUCUUUCUUAUCACUGAACACUUAUGAUGAGAGUUCUUCAACAACUUUUGAAGGAUUAUCUCACCUUUAUCUAAUAAUGAGUUAAUUUCAUGAUUGACAUGAGAAUUCAUCAAUUAAAAUAAAUAUCUCAAAUGAUUUGUAA